GAGAGGCACGAUGGGAUUGGUGGUGUGAUGAUCAUGUGACUCACAGCAGGAAAGAUCACAUACUUACACUGUAUAUGAGAGAAGUCAGAGAACAGCACUGGAGCUGUCUGAAGCCUCACAAAAUAAACUUUGACCUGUUCUGGAAACUCUUAAUAUUAAACAUUGGAUCACACUGUAGUCUGGUGGAAGAAUGGCAGGUACUGAGAGCUGUGCCCUCCAUCUCCCUGCCCUAGAAGAAAUUGUAGCAGUGCUGGAAAGCGGGCUAAAGAAGAAUUAUGAAGAUGUACAGGUUAAAGUUGUGGACUGUCCUGAUCUGACACAGGAACCAUUUAAAUUCCCAGUAAAAGGAUUGUGUGGCAAGUCAAGAAUUGCAGAUGUUGGAGGUGUCCCAUAUCUGGUGCCAACUGCACGCCCUGAUAAAAUUUACGACAUUAAUACAGUGGCAAAACAGAUUGACCUACCUGGAGCCUACAUACUUGGAGCCGGUGCAGUAUCUCAUAGGAGUGUGGGCAUGAAUGCAGAGCUUAUAUUUUCUGUGCAAGCAGAGAGCUCAUCUUCACCAGCUGUAAAUGGAAACUACAUGGCUAGUGUCAACCCAGCAGAUAACAGCUGCCUACUGGAGAAGUACCAGGAUAAGCACAAGGACAAUGAAUUUGGGCUUCUCUCCAAUCUAUAUGCUAGUGAAGGGAAACCAGGAAAGGUCAUUCAGGUGAAGGCAAAGAAAAGGACAGCAAAGGAAAAUUUUGUAAGCUGUAUGAGAAAAUCUUUAACAGAGCAUUAUGGAGACAAAGCUGUUGGAAUGGGUGGGACAUUUGUCAUUCAAGAAGGGAAGGCUAAGCUCCAUGUAAUGCCCCGUGAGUUUUCUGCCUGUCCCCUGAACACAGAUGAAGAUGUUGAUCGCUGGCUCAACUAUUAUGAAAUGAGGGCUCCGCUCAUUUGUCAGUCCGUGUUUGUGUCUCGUGACCCAGGCUUUGACCUGCGCGUGGAGCAUACUCACUGCUUCAGCCAUCACGGAGAAGGAGGACACUACCAUACGGAUACCACACCAGACACUGUGCAGUACCUUGGUUAUUUCCAUCCUGCAGAAUAUCUCUACCGCAUUGACAGACCAACUGUCACUCAUAUGGUUGGGAGAGAUUAGUUCUGUUUCCAGUCUAUUACAUUAAACAGGCAGGAACUAUUCAAACUAGCAUAUAACAAAUCAACUAUGCAAGAUUUAUUAUGAUGAUUACAAAUAUUUCGUUUUGAAUACAAAUCGCACUCAUAUGCUUUCUAAUGGUUGUUUUUGCUUUGUAAUCAAUAAUUAUGUUAAACAAAACAAUUUCAGGCAUAUACUGAGUAUUUAGAAUAUAUAUGUAUUAUGUUCUAUGCAUAGGAUCUAAUGAGCAUUGUGACAUAGCUAUACACAGCAUUUUUGUGUGGACAGUUAAGGGAAUACAAAAAAAUAGGACCGCAUUCGCACAGGCAUACUAGAGCAUACACCCAUCCAAGGGCACAUUUUGCCUGCAGGGAUGCACAGGGUUUCCGUUUAUCCCCAUGCAGGCAGUCCCAUUCAUGUCAAUUGGGAUGCAGCAGCUGCACGGUUACAGCUGCUGCUUCUAAUUUAAAAGCAAUGGAGGUGCACAACCUCAAAUGCACAUUGUCUGUAUUUGGGGCCGAGCUAGGGUUGCCACCUCAUCCCUUUAAACCCAAACACAUAUGAAUUACACAGGUUUUGAGGCUAAUUUAAUGCAGAUAAGGCACCAAGUGAGUUUAAUUACCACCUUAAUCAACCACAGAGCCCAACCCGAGCCCUCACAUGGCUGUCUUAUUGGGAGCAGCAGCAGCCUCUGUGUCCCAAGUGACAUGAAUGGAACUAACGGCAUGGGGAUGCAUGGAAUACCUGUGCAUCCCCGUGCUCACAAAUGGUGCCCACGCAAGGGUGUAUGCUGUAGUACGCCCGUGUGAACAAGGCCUAAAGGAUUAAACAAAUAGGCAGGUGUGCAUUGAUGGACAGAAACCAUCCACUAAAAUCCACUAAUGUAUAGCAAUAAAAUUUGUUUUUCCCCUUUCAACAUAUUGGUGCUCAAUCCAUCCCGAUUCCUUCAAGCAGCUGAGGACAUUUGCACUGUCAAACUGAAGUGCAGAUCAUACCAAAGUGUUUUUUUUUU